AUGAUCCUCCAAAACAACACCCAGUUCACCUACUUCCCCUGCCCGACCCAGGAGGCCAAAACGGCCUCAAGCUGGGAAGACCUAGCCCCAUACUUCGACAUCACAAAAGGCAAAGCCCCAGAAGGCCUCUGGUGGCUGGACGUCUCCUCCGCCACAGCAUCAGACGUAACUGCCAUCGCCCGCAGCCUCUGCAUCCACCCGCUCACAAUCGAGGACAUCGUCUUCCAGGAACCGCGCCAGAAGAUCGAGACGUUUCCGGGGUAUUAUCUCAUCUCGCUCCGGACGCUGGCGUCAACGUUCGACAGUGAAGACGAUGCAGAGCCAAAAGAGCCAGACCAGCUCCCACCGACUCCGUCCCAUCCCACAAUGCUAUACAUCCUCGUCUUCACCAGCGGCACGGUAACGUUCUCCCCUAGCGGCUGCGACCACGCAUCCCGAGUCCGAAGCCGGAUCUCUCGAGUCCACGACAGGUCCAUCCUAUCCAGCGACUGGAUCUGCUACGCCUUGUUUCUCAGCGACGAAGUAAUCGACAGCUUCGCGCCGUACAUGGAAACAACAUCGCGGCAAUCCGAAAGCAUCCAAGACAGCAUCUUCACAGCGCGAGACGCCGACAUGGGUCCGCUAAUGCAGCGGAUCUACACCAUCCGCAAGCGAAUAAACCACCUGACGCACUCACUCUCGGGAAAAUCCGACGUGCUGAAUGGAUUCGUAAAGCGGUUCCACAGCAGGACAAAUAUGAUGCAGCAUAGCUUUCCAGAAGGCGAUCUACUCGUCUACCUCAGCGACGUCCAAGACCACCUCGUCACAAUCCUGGCCGAACUCUCGCACCUCGACGAGAUCACAAGCCGGCUGCAGAGCAACUUCCUCGCGCAAACGGGGGUGAAUAACAUGCGGCUGAGCGUGCGGCUGAACGACGGGUUGAGCAAGGUGACGGUGCUGGCGACGAUCUUCGUGCCGCUGCAGAUGAUCACGGGGCUGUUUGGGAUGAAUGUCACGGUGCCCGGGCAGGAUGUCGCGUCGCUGGUGUGGUUCUUUGGGAUUGUGGGCGUUUUUGCGGCGGUUGUUCUUGGGGCUUGUUUUGUUGCGGUGCGGAUGAGGUUGUUGUAG